AUGGAUAAGACCAACAGGUCUUCUGACGGGGCCCCAUUUAUCCUUCUGGGCUUGUCCACAAGCCCCGAGCAACUAUGGCCUCUCUUUGCCCUGUUCCUGGUCCUGUAUAUAGCAGGCGUGAUGGGGAAUGGCCUCAUUGUGGCAGCUAUCCGGGCCAGUCCAGCCCUCCAUGCCCCCAUGUAUUUCUUGCUGGGCCACCUCUCCUUUGCCGAUCUGUGCUUCACCUCUGUCACCGUGCCCAAGAUGCUGGCCAACCUGUUGGCCCAUGACCGCUCCAUCUCACGGGCAGGCUGCCUAACUCAGAUGUAUUUCUUCUUUGCUUUGGGUGUGACUGACAGCUGCCUACUGGCUGCCAUGGCCUACGAUCGCUACGUGGCCAUCCGGCACCCAUUGCACUAUGCGGUCCGAAUGUCCCGGGCCGUGUGCACAGGACUCGUGGCAGCUGCCUGGAUUGUCUCUCAUACCCACUCAUUGCUGCACAUCCUGCUCAUGGCCCGCCUGUCCUUCUGUGCCUCCCGGAGUGUGCCCCACUUCUUUUGUGACCACCAGCCCCUGCUGCGACUUGCCUGUUCUGACACUCGCCAUAUUCAAUUGCUCAUCUUCACCGAGGGGGCUGCAGUGGUGGUCACACCCUUCCUGCUCAUCUUGGCCUCCUACAGUGCCAUUGCUGUUGCCGUGUUACGCCUGCCCUCAGCGUCUGGACGGCUCCGGGCUGUGUCCACCUGUGGCUCCCACCUGGCUGUGGUGGGUCUCUUCUACGGCACCGUCAUUGCCGUCUACUUCCAACCCACAGCACGAUAUGAGGCUGAGCGGGGCCGUGUGGCCACUGUCAUGUAUACAGUAGUGACCCCCAUGCUCAACCCAGUCAUUUACAGCCUCAGAAACCGAGAUGUUCAGGGGGCACUCCGGGCUCUCUUUACUGGACGUAGGAUCUCAACUGAGCCUACCUAA